AUGGAGCUGGCAGACUGGCAGAAAAGGGCAGAACAACAGAUCCCACAGAAUAGGAGCAGACAGCUCUCCUUCUCCCCUGUAAUGAAAGUUACUUGGUUUUUUAAUCUUAUAGUGUUUUCUCUUCAAUCACUGAACAACUUACUCCAAAAUCAAUUAGAGGAAUCACUGAAGAAUCAAGAAUUACUACAGAAUAAAAAUGAAGAGCUUUUAAAAGUGAUUGAAAAUCAAAAAGAUGAAAACAGAAAGAUUGCUGGUUUAUUUAAAGAGAAAGAUCAAAUUUUACUUGAAAAUAAACAGCAAUUUGACAUUGAAAUGACAAGAAUGAAAAUGGAAUUGGAGGAAACCUUGGUCACUAUGAAAAACUCUCAGUUUAAGUUAGAAGCCACUGAAAAGGAGAACCAGAUAUUGGGGAUAACAUUACGACAGCGUGAUGCCGAGGUGACUCGACUGAGAAAAUUAACCAGAACUUUACAGAGCAGUAUGGCAAAACUUCUCGCAGAUCUUAGUACGGAUCACACACGCUGCAGGCCUGGAAAUAAUCUGACCAAAUCCCUUCUGAACAUCUAUGAUAAACAGCCUCAACAUGACCCAAUCUCUACUCACACCUCUGUAAUGAGCUACCUAAAUAAAUUAGAAACAGAUCACACUUUUAUACCUCCCGAGUCACUUUCUACAGUUGUCCAAGAGGAAAACGUGGAACCAGACAGAUCUUAUGCGGUGAAUGCUCUGCCCUCCAAAGUGUCUCAAUAUAGCGACAUCAGGAGUGUAGAGGAAAUUUCCCCCCCUGGAAUUGUUUCCACCCCUUCCAAAGAGAAUUCCGAGGCGUGCGAAAGUAUGACUUUAAUCGGAGAUGAAUGUAACGUGGAUAAUACCGUUUACAUUCCCUUUGCGAGAAGCACUCCUAAGAAAUCACUCACCACGCAAUUAUCUCCGCAGCCACACAUGCAUGGAGCAUCACCCCAGCUCUUGGGCAAUAGCGACCUUGGGGAAAAAAAGAAACCCUGCGCAGCUGGGGCCUGUUCCACUUCCAAAGAGGAGGCAGAAGAUGCACUCGAACUGCUUUCCAGACCUCAUCUAGAGGACAAGAAGCUCCUUAAGAAAAUAAAGGAAGCUAUUGGCAAGAUCCCAGUGGUCGGUGAGGAGCUCGGUGAGCUAGCUGCAUGCCCUGGUCCCUCUACUUGUCACAGCAGCAGUGUUCAAGUGAAAGGUAGUUUGGCCUCUGAUGCGAGCUUUUUCACUUCUGACAUGAAUUCUGACUGGAGCAUCUCUUCUUUCUCAACGUUCACUUCGCGAGAUGAACAAGACUUUCGAAAUGGCUUGGCUGCCCUGGAUGCCAAUAUUGCCAGACUGCAGAAGUCCCUGCGGACAGGUGUUUUGGACAAAGGAACUCUGAGUACAACACAUUGAAUCCUUCUUUUUUAAGACUAGACCUUGGCUACCUUGGAUAUAUACUUUAA